GGCUCCUACUCUGGUCUAUACAUCAUUGCAUUUUGAUCAGGGCAGCUAGGGAUAUUCAACAGACCUGGUUAAAUGUCUCAGGAACUUAAUCAAGUCUAAAUUCCAAUCUAACUAAAAUUUUCUGUCCUGAAUGCGAUGCGAGAAUAUUAAUUAUUUAGGUUAAUUAGCUCGCCAAGUCGUACACGUGCGUGUGACUACGCGUAAAAUGUUUUGUAAAGCAUUAGCAUUUAGGAUAAAGUGUAAAAUUUUAAUUAGUUAUUAAUUAAGCAUAAUAAAGGAACAAUGCUUUCUCAAAGUCAAAAUGCACAGACGUGUGUUGUUUGUGGUGGCAACAAUUUUUUCAAGGAGGAUGGAUACUUUUUUUGUAGCAAAUGUCAAACUCAGAAUGAAGAAAUAAGAGAAGAAAUACACGAUACCAAAUAUGACCCUACAACCAGACUCCGAAAAACUAGAGUCAAAAAUAAAAAGUUAAACGAUAAUAAUGAUGUUAUUGGCUGGACAAGUUGGGAACUGUAUAAUCUUGUACUUAUUGGAUUAAUUAAUGAGUUAAUAGAAAUUGGUGCAGAUCCUAAAAUAAAAUUAACAGUUUUACAAUUAUGGACAUAUUAUUUAUCAAAAUUAGAAGUAUCAUUUACUUCUAAAACUAAAAAAUGUAUACCUAGGAUGGCUCGAAGGUUUCAUAAAAAGGAUGCUGAUAUAAUUUAUGGUAAAAUUCAGCAGAGAAAAAGGAAACGUAAACAAAAUAAAAGCAACACCAGUGCAUCUUCAAUGAAUUCUAUUUUUAAAAGUGAUGGAAGUACGUCAGUGAGAGAAUUAAAUAAAAAUAAGAAAUUAUUAGCAGCUGCAGAGUAUGAUAAUUAUGUACAAAGCCAAGCUAGUUCAGAUAAUGAUGGAAUGAGUUCCUUAAAUCAAAGUUUGAUGAGCCUCAAAUCAAGUAUUAGCCAAUCUUCUAGUACAGCUAUUAGAAUAAAAUAUACCAAGAAAGCUAAAUCUGAGGCAAAGAAAAUCAAAGUAUUAUCAAUGAAACUACCUCGCCAAAAAAGAAUGGAGUAUAGAAGGACUCAUGUCACUACACAGUAUGCCAUAGGACCAGACAUUAUCACUCCAAUGAAACUAUGGUCUAUGAUUUACUUAGCCCUACGAAUAAACUGUCAGGAAAUUCAUCUUGCUGAUAUGUUAAGAUUUAGUAAAGAAGGUCAUCUUUCAUAUUACAAACUAGAUCAUUUGUUACCACCAGAAGUUGCACUCACUAAAACUGAUGUACAUCUUUUAACACAAAAUAGUGAUAUAACACAUAAGGGUAUGCGUAGAACUAUCGCCAGUUUGGCUAAAUUUUUGAAUGUCAAAGAAUUUCCCACACCUAAUUUGUUGGGUUUGAUUGAAAGAUAUUGUGAAGACUUAACAUUGCCAAAAGGUAUUAUGUUAUAUGUUACAAGAGUAUUUUUAUCUUCUCCAAGUCAGAUGAGGUUCACACACAAAUCUUCAUUAUUUCCAAAUUAUGAAGGCAGAGCAAUGGCUUACAUCAUAGUGGUAUUGAAAGUUCUGUUUGGUUUGGAUGACAUUACAGAAAAAGAAAUUAGCCAUGUAACUGAUAAAAUAAACAGGGUGGCGAAUGAAAAAGAAAUAUUGACUUCAAGGCUAUUUAGUUUUUGUGAAUGGCAAAAUUACAUUGAAUGUCGAAAAACUGUUCUAGUCAAUCUGCAUUAUCCAUCAAAGAUAAAAUAUGAUCCAGAGCGUGUAGGAACAUCCCACUUAUACCUCAGGUUUAUGGGAUUAAUGAAGUCAAAAAGAGAUGCUGAGCCUCCUGAAAUUUUAAAUUUCAAGCACGUUUUGCCACAAAGCCUUGUUGAUGCAUUUUAUCAGAGUAUGGAUAAACUUAAUGAUACUACAAUACCAUUAAGAGAAAUGGAAGUAUUUGCUCCUUCUUUCACACCACUGCGAUCUUACAUUGCUCAAUUAUUAGAUAAUCCACAUUAUGAUAUACCAAGAAUUUUAAGGAUUAACUUUCAAGAGACAAAAGUUGGUUUUAUGACAAAGCCAUAUAUGUUGACUGAAUUGGCUUCACAAUGUGGUAUAGAACUUAAUAUUGUUGAUAGAAGUUUACAGUAUUUGGAAAAAAUUGUUCCUCCUUUUGAACAACCAAGAAUGCCAAGUUUGAAGACAUUGAGUGAGCUGGUAGAAGUAGAAAAUUCCAGCUUAAAUAUAGAAACUAAGCUACCAAAAAGUGAAAGUUUGUUAGAUUAUAGUCAUAAAACUCGUCCAUGUAAAAUGAAAAUAAAUUUUGAAAAUUUAAAACAACUCAAUACAGUGAGGCAUAAAGUACCUGAACUUGAUGAAACAUUUAAUUUAGAAGAGGAUAGUGGUUUUGAUCAAAUUUUACCAGAUGGAAGGCUGAAAAUUUUUGAAAACAGCGAUUCAGAUAAUGAAGUUAGUGAAGUUGAAUUAGAAGCACAUGAAUUUAACUGGACUGAUACUAGUUGUUUGCUGAAGCCAGAGUUUUCCGUGAAGUAUAAUAUUAAAUUGUAUAAUCAUGAAAUAGAUUCAAUAUUAAAUGCUAAAACCAUUUUGAAAGACAAGUACAUUCCAGUAAGAGACAAGACAGGUAAAUUUGUAAAAGUUGCAUCUAGAAAUUUAAGGAGGAACCAAAAGAGUUUUUCAAAGACAGAAACUGAACAAGCAGAAGAAUCAAGCGAAGAUGAAAACAAAGUGCCUAAACGUCGCGCUAAAAGAAAAAAAUCCAAAGAUAUCAGUCAAAAUAUUGUUGAAGAUGAUUUAACACAAAAUCCUAUUGAUUGUUUAGAUUUAGCUGACUCAGAUAUUUCAAUUUUACAAGAUGAUAACUAUGAAAAUAAAAAUCUAGAAAAUGCGCCGAUGAACGAUACUGAAACGCUUUUCAGACCAUAUAAAAACUAUUGGAUGUAUCAUGGCAUUUUUAGUAGGGUUAAGAAUAAAAAUUUUGAACUAUUUGAAAGAGAGUUACCAGAGAACUUUUUAUGGCUUUUAAAUGAGUGUGCUAGUAUUGUUGAAAUGACGACUGAAGAUUUAUACGAGGAAGUCUGUUUAAUUGAAGCCUACCAUUUCAAUAUACUAAAGUCAAAAGAAUCUAAAGACGAUAUAGAUUAUGAAUUUUAUGACUGCAAGUCGAAAUCAUACUCAAACAAUAUUCUAAACAAAUGGUGAUAAUGUGAUUCAUAUAUUUUCUUUUGUAAUACUUAAGUAUUCAAUGUGAGAAAGUGUACAAAGCCUAUUUUUAUUUU